CCCUCUCCUGAAGUAUAAAGGGAAACUGAAAGUGAAAGACACCUCGUGCCCAAAUCUCUCUCUUACUCUACUUUUACUCCUAUCCUAUUCGAUUACUUCCCAAUCCUCCGCAGGCCCCACCCCUCUCCUCCUCUCUUCAAUAAUAAAUUCCCUCCCCCUUGUUCCUCCCCUCACAACUCAUUUCCUCUUCACUGCAAAUCCCCCCCCCACCUCUCUCUCUCUCUCUCUCUCUCUCGCAAAGAGAAAAAAAGUUUCAUCUCAUGGCUUCCUCCUCCUCUGAUGCACUCUCCAGUGAUCAUCAUACCGAUAGGAAGGUUGCAGGCUUUUACGGCGGAGACCUGACCCCUCUCCAGAAGCAUGCGGCUUUCUUCGACAGAAACAAAGAUGGGCUUAUCUACCCUUGGGAAACCUUCCAAGGGUUCCGUGCAAUUGGUGCUGGGAUUCCUUUGUCCACCAUUGCCUCUAUCUUCAUUAAUUUCUUCCUCAGUGGUAAAACUCGUCCUGGAAAAUUUUCUCUUCUCUUCCCAAUUGAUGUAAAGAACAUAAAGAAAGGCAAACAUGGGAGUGACAGUGGUGUUUAUGAUACAGAAGGAAGGUUCGUUCCAGCACAUUUUGAAGAGAUCUUUCAUAAACAUGCCCAUACUAAUCCAAAUGGUUUGACAUCAAAAGAGUUAUCAGAAAUGCUUAAGAGCUUCCGGGUUCCUAAAGACUACGCAGGAAGGCUUGGGGCCUGGACAGAAUGGAAGGCAUUAUACCUCUUGUGCAGUGACAAAGAUGGUUUUCUACACAAAGACACCAUUAGAGGUGUUUAUGAUGGAAGCCUCUUUGAAAAGUUGGAGAAGGAGAGAGCAUCAGCCCACAAGAAAGCAUAGUUAAACUAAAAUAAUUAGAAUUACUACGAGUACCAUUUAUGCUUUCUGUUACAUCUUAAUUUGUGCAUGUAGAUUAGUUAUAUGAAAUGAAAAGAGAAAGACAUAGGAAACAUUCUUUAUUGGAACUAUUUUUACUUGAAAAGUUGGAAAUGGAUAUGUGAAUUGGCUUAUUGUACCCAUUUCUAGUUGGGUUGUUCUUUGUGAGUUUCUAUUGUAUUUAUUAUUUAAAUAAAUAAAUAAAAAGUCUCCAAAAACCUUUGGGUGAUCUCCCUGA